GGAAUGAAAGCGUCAAACGAAAAUAAAAACAAAGGCCAUAUUUGUUAGAAUUUUUAUUUAAUUUUAUAAAGCGUGUUUUAUUAAUAGUUGUUAAAAUACUAGCGAAUCAGUCACAGACUAGGCCUGUGUUACUAUUUUCUGUUUGAGAGCUGGCAUUUUGGUUAUUUCGUCAUUGAUUCCACCCGGACUGUUUUACUGGCUGUACAGUUCCAUUCUACCGAACGGAACCCCCAGUAGCCGAAGCAACUUCUCAUGUUACUUUACGCAUCUCUUAUACCCUUGCAUUUGUAUUAAUUUAACCCCAAAUUAAGAGUUUGUGGUCAAGAUGGGAGUGCCGAAAUUCUACCGAUGGAUUUCUGAAAGAUACCCUUGCCUGAGUGAAGUUGUCAAGGAACAUCAGAUCCCAGAGUUUGACAACCUCUACCUGGAUAUGAAUGGCAUCAUCCACCAGUGCUCCCACCCCAACGAUGAGGACGUCCACUUCCGUAUCUCGGAGGAGAAGAUCUUUGCGGACAUCUUCCACUACCUGGAGGUGCUGUUCAGGAUCAUCAAGCCCAGGAAGGUGUUCUUCAUGGCUGUGGACGGAGUGGCUCCCCGGGCCAAGAUGAACCAGCAGAGAGGCAGGAGAUUCCGGUCGGCCAAAGAAGCAGAGGACAAGAUAAAGAAAGCCCUUGAGAAAGGAGAGGUCCUACCCUCUGAGGCCCGCUUUGACUCCAACUGCAUCACACCUGGGACGGACUUCAUGGCCAGGCUACAGGAGCAGCUCAAGUAUUUUGUCAACAGCAAACUAUCCACAGAUAAUGCCUGGAAAGGAGUUAACGUCUACCUUUCCGGACAUGAGACUCCAGGAGAAGGAGAACACAAGAUCAUGGAGUUUAUCCGCAGGGAAAACUCAGAGCCAGGCCACGACCCAAACACACGCCACUGUCUCUAUGGCCUGGAUGCUGACCUGAUGAUGUUAGGUCUGACCAGCCACGAGCCACACUUCUCCCUACUCAGAGAAGAGGUCCGCUUUGGAGGGAAGAAAAACCAGAAGAGAAUAACAGCUCCAGAGGAGACAACCUUCCAUCUACUGCACCUGUCACUAUUUAGGGAGUACAUAGACUACGAGUUCUCUGAAGUUAAGAACAAGAUCUCGUUUGAGUACGACCUGGAGCGAAUCAUCGACGACUGGAUCCUAAUGGGCUUCCUGGUGGGGAAUGACUUCAUCCCUCACCUUCCUCAUCUUCACAUCAACCAAGACGCCCUGCCUCUCCUUUACCGCACCUACAUCAGUGUGCUGCCAACGCUGGGAGGGUACUUGAAUGAGAAUGGCCACCUGAACCUGGGCAACUUUGAGAAGUACCUGGAGAAACUGUCCGAGUUUGACAGGGAGCACUUCAACGAGGUGUUUGUGGAUCUCAAGUGGUUUGAGAGUAAGGUGGGCAACAAGUACCUGAACGAGGCCGCGGGACUGGCAGCAGAGGAGGCUCACAGCAAGGACGCCGGGAGGAAAGACCCGGACUCUCUGCGUCUGACUACUCUGGAUGGCGGGAAGGACCGAGUCCCCGGUCGCGGUUUUGAGGAGGAUGGUGAAGAAGAGGACAUGUUUGAGGCAGAGUUCAGACAGUACAAACGCACCUACUACAUGACCAAGAUGGGAGUGGAGGUGGUCUCAGAUGAGUUUCUAGCAAAUCAGGCGUUGUGCUAUGUGGAGGGAAUCCAGUGGAUCCUGCAUUACUAUUACCAUGGAGUCCAGUCCUGGAGCUGGUAUUACCCUCACCACUACGCCCCGUUCCUGUCAGAUGUGAGGAACAUAGCCCAUCUGAAGUUGACCUUUGACAUGGGCAAGCCUUUCAUGCCCUUCCAGCAACUACUGGGAGUCCUGCCCGCUGCCAGCAAAGACCUGCUUCCCCAGAGCUACAGGCACCUGAUGACAUCAGAGAAUUCUAGCAUCAUUGAGUAUUACCCUCUGGACUUCAAGACGGACCUCAACGGGAAACAGCAGGAGUGGGAGGCUGUGGUGCUCAUCCCCUUCAUCGACGAGAGAUGUUUGCUCGCUGCGAUGGAGCCUUAUAACGAUCACAUGACCAAGGCUGAGAAGGCCCGUAACCGCCACACCGAGUGUGCUGUGUACAGCUACCACGCUGAGCUAGACUACCCUUACACCUCCACCCUGCCUGACCUGUUCCCCAGCAUCAUGCACUGCCAUGUCAGGGUGACAUCGGUUCCCAUGGACGCGUGGCACGUGUCGUUGAGCCACGUGGGGCGCAGCGACAACAGCAGCCAGCUCUACUUCCUCGGCUUCCCCACCCUGCAGCACAUCAGACACAAGUUCUAUAAGAAGAAGCACGGAGUGGUGGUGUUCCAGCAGAGCAGCCGAGGAGAGAACAUGAUGCUGGAGAUCACACGUAGCAAAGAGGAACCCGUGUGUGGCGAUGUGGCGGCCCUGGUCCUGGGUUGCUCUCUGUUUGUCAACUGGCCCCACCUAGAGGAGGCCAGGGUGACAGCGGUGUCUGACGGGGAGAGAAGGUUCUUCCUGGAGGAGCCGGCGGGAGUGCAGAAGCUGUAUGACCGGGACUCACCCCCCCCCACCAAGGUCACCUACCUCAGUGACAAGGAGCAGAAGGACUGGGUGAAGGAUGUCCAGGGCAUCACUGAGCAUUUCAGUAAGCGCAAGGGCAUCGUGGUGAAUGAGACGGCGGUGGUGUUGUAUGCCCAGCUGCUGACAGGCAGGAAGUAUGUACCUGGGCAGAGCGGACAGGUGCACCUGGAGAAACAGUGGUCCAAGCAGAUAAUGCCCUUCGCCUACCAGACCAUUGUCAAGGAUAUCAAGGCCUUUGACUCGUCGUCGACUCGCUUCCAGACCCUGGAGGAGCUGUUUCCCCCGACGACCACAGUGUUCAUGGUGGGGAACCCCUACUACGGAGCCAUGGGAGAGGUGCAGGAGUCUAGUGACGUCAUCGAAGAGGGACGAGUGUGGGUAGUGUUCACGGUGCCCUGUGAACCACCGAUGGAAGCCUUAAUACAGAACCAGCAUAAAUACUGUGUGAAGUACAGUCCCGGCUACGUUCUGGCCUCUCGCCUCGGCAUCACCAGCUACCUCGUCUCCAGAUUCUCCGGCAGCAUCUUCGUCGGCAGAGGAUCCAAGAAGAAUCCCCAUGGGGAGCAGAAGGCUAACGUUGGUCUGAACCUGAAGUUCAAUAAGAAGAAUGAGGAGGUGCCAGGUUACACCAAGAGAACCGAGAAGGAGUGGCUCUACUCUGACGCUGUGGAGGAGCUGAUGUCUGAGUACCUGGAUAGGUUCUCCGAAGUGUUUGGCCUGGUGUCCAGGAACAGUCACGACGAUGUCUUCUACGAGGACGACAUCUGGCCUGCGGAGUACGAGAACGGCGCGGAGAAGGUGAAGGAGAUCACUUCCUGGUUGAAGACCCACCCAGUCGCCGACGUCGCCCGCACGUCAUGUGACCUGCAGAUCCUGGACAAGGCCAUCGUGGAGCGGAUCGAGGAGGAGGUGGUGAAGGCUAAGGUGAAGAAGAGCAGCGAGAAAGUACGUGUUACUGUGAAGCCACGUUUGCUCUUCAGGCCCUUAGAGCAGCAGCACGGUGUGGUCCCUGACCCGGAUGCAGAGUACCACCUGUUUGACCGAGUGGUCAACGUCAGAGAGAGCUUCUCUGUCCCCCUCGGCCUCAGGGGAACCAUCAUCGGCAUCAAGGCAGCUGAUCGGGAGGCCGAGGUGUUGUAUGAGGUUGUUUUCGAUGAAGAGUUUGCUGGUGGACUUACGAUCAGGUGUGCGGCGGGCCGUGGCUACAGGCUGCCUCCCUGUGCCUUAAUCAACCUGAGCCACGGGGGCCGUGUAGAGCAGGGCUUCCAUAAACUGACCGCCGUCGUCAAGCCCCAGCCCGCCUCCUCCCACCAGCACAGAAAAGAACAGCUGGUCGGGCUGAACCAUUCACCGCGAUCACCCUUCAUAUCCACACAGCAGCAGAACGGCAGACAGAACAUUCUCAGGGCAGACACUCAGGGCAACAAAAACUCUGCACACAAAGCAAGCCAGAAACUGAAACCUAAGGGUAAAGAUGAGGAGUUCAGCAACGUGUGGCAGUCUCUGCAGAGCUCUGGAAUGCCCCAGAAACCACCAGCUCACUGGCAACAAGACAAUCCGGGUAAGUCUGCCUGGGGUACAGGGUCUCCCGGACAAGAAGGGCAGUUCCAAGGGCAACAAGGCAGGAACCAACCCCAGAGUCAACAACCGCAACCUCCCAAACCUGGUCCUGCAGGAAGUAUCAGACUUCUCAAGAGAAACGAAGAUGUAGAUUCUCUGUUUCCGGCUCAGAAUGCUACAAAGAAGCAGACAGAGUUCGAGGAGUUGAUUGCCAACCUGAAGAUCACCAAGGGCAACGAGUCAGCUCCACCCCCUCCAGCCAAAGAGCCCACGAGCCAAACGGAGGAGCCGCUUUCUCCGCAGUCGUUUGCUAUGAAGGGAACUCUGGCCCUGAAGGAGAUGCUGAACAUUGGCGCCGCCCCCGGACUCCACUGGUCCCGCCUCCAACACACAGCAGCAGAACAAGAGACGACCCACCAAGAAACUGGCGGCGACGAUGGGUGACUCUGUGUUACCCGCGUCCCCAGCAGCAGCAGUCCCUCACCUGCCGUCCCUCCAGCCCUCCGCCAUGGUUCCCAGUGUGGCCUCAGAGCUGACCAGGAUCUGUAUGGGCCUGGGUAUGGCCCCGCCUGACUUCACCUUCAUGCGC